AAUGAACAAGUGUCUAAUUUUUGGUGCCAUCUUUUUCCUUUGAAUCUGACCUUCCCUUGGCCAAAAUCAUAGAGACUGGUACCUAAACCUGGAGGAACUAUGCGAUAGAUAUGGGUACCAGUACGAAGAACACCUCAUUACCUCAGAAGAUGGGUAUGUGACAAUGCUCCAAAGAGUCAGAGCUAGACUCGGCGAUGAUGACCCCAACAGAGAACCCUUCUACGCAAAUAUUCCUCUAGGCACAGGUGAAGCAAUGCUGUUCUUACUUGGUAGUGAAGAAUCUCCAGGUUUUCGUAUAGUGGAUGCAGGAUAUGAUUUAUGGUUCCUAAACCCAAGAGGAACUGAUAAUUCGAGAGGACACGUUAAUCCUGAUAUUCCUCCUGAAGAAUAUUGGCACUUUGAUCUCAUUGAUAUAUCCCAAGACCAUGUUGCAGCAUUGACUUAUAUCAUCGAUGAAACAGGCUAUCCUCAAGUACAUGCCCAUGGGUACUCGUCAGGAGGUUUAUCACUAGGACAUGCAAUCGCUCUGCACCCUGACUUCUUCAACCCACGCAUCAGGUCAUUACAUUACGUUGCUGCAACGAUGACUUUUGCGCACACUCAGUUCAUCGGAUUCCAGCUCAUCGCGAGUAUUCCUGGAGUACUGGCUACUCUUGAAGAUUUUGGAGUCUUUGCAAUGACUACCCAAAAUAUCCCUGUUCAAAUGAUAGGAGGAAUCUCUUGCGGAAUGAUGCCUGAAUUUUGUCUUCUUAUGCAACAAUUUAUAGGUGGACAAGCUGAUCCUAGUUAUGACGACCCAGAUGCAUAUACAAACUUCAUAUUCAGGUAAGUAAAAGCUGUCGAUUGGCUAAGCAAGACUUUAAGCUUAUUAUA